UUCGGUUCUGUUCCAGUUGCCGUCAUGGAGCUUCUCCCAAAACUGUCGUUCUUCCUUUGGCUCGUCCACGCGGAUGCGCAACAUGCUUAUGGUUUGUUGCAAUGCCAGGGAAGAUCCAGCGACGGGCACGACGCGACUCUUCUGAUGACGCUUUACUACGACAAGAUGCUUUAUCUCCAAUACAACAGCACCUUGGGAAAAGUUAUCGGCUCCACAAAGACAGGAGAGAAUAUUGCGAAACUUCUCAACAAUGAUUUUUAUUUAAACAGGACCAAACACUUGCUGGAAAAGUGCAGGACAUGGAUGACACAAACAUACGACAUCUUCGACAAGAAAGUCGAGCCGAAAGUCCGCCUGCGGUUAGCCGAGGGCACGCGUCCGGCCACCCUGGUCUGCAGCGUGUACGACUUCUACCCGAAGGAGAUCUUGGUGACGUGGCAGAGAAACGGCAAGAAGGUGACAUCCAAGGUGACGUCCACCGAGUCCCUACCGGUCGGCAACUGGCUGUACCAGAGGCACUCGCACCUGCAGCACACGCCGUCCGCCGGGGACAGAGUCAGCUGCGUGGUGGAGCACGGCAGCCUCCAGGAGCCCAGGAUUUACCACUGGGAGCCGUCGGCCGAGUCCGAGAAACUUAAGAUGAUCCUGGGAUCCACGGGCCUGGCGGUGGGACUGCUUUCUUUUCUGGUCGGGCUGAUUUACUCCACAAGGGGUGCGCCUGAGCGACAGGAAGUCCCAGGAACUGAUGACAACAUGGACGGCCAAGAAGAGUAAGGCGAAGG